UUUUUGAAAUAUAAAGAUAAUGGAGACUUUAAAUCAAGAAGAAUUGGAGAAAAUGAGACAAGAACAAACAAGAAAUAAACCUCAAAAAGUUGAAAUAGAGAAAGAAAUUCAACAAGAAGAAUCAUAUCAAGAAGAGCCUCAACAAGAAAAUCCACAGCAAGAAAUUGAAGAACCGCAGGAUGAUUCCUCUGACGAAGAUGACGAAGAGGAUGAUGAAGAGCAAUAUUUAGAGAAUUCCAUAAGCUAACUACCUACCCCCAUACAAACCCUCUAACUACCAUAUAGAUGCUGGAGAAGAAGUAGGAUUCCGUCUUCCCAAGAAAAUCAUUAGAAGUUCCGAUAUCAUUCAAGCUGCUGGUAAGAAGACCAAGAAGGCCAAGAGAUACGUACGUAUUGGAGAUGAGUCCAAGGAAGGUACAGGAGAAACCCUGUUAAUCACUAAUUUUGAAGUCGAAGAGCAGCAGAAUGCUAUAGAAGUUAGAAAUGGAGUUAAGAUUUAUGGAACAGGGAUUAGAGGACUGAGGACAUUGAGAGAGAACCGAGAUGAUGAUGAUGAGGAGGAGAAAGAUGCAGAGACGCUGAAGAGAGAAUAUAUUGAACUAAAAGGAGAUAAGUUUAAGAGGUUUCAGUAAGUAGUUUGUCCUGACAUGUUUGUAAUUAAAG